AUGCUGAAAUUGCCUAAUGAGAUCCUGCAUCAGAUCGGGGCCGAUUUGAAAGAGCGCGACCUGAAUUCUCUCGUUCAGUCAAGCCAUCACCUUUGUUCUGCCCUUUCUCCAGCUCUAUAUGAAAGGAACAUGCGGGAGAACGACGGGUGGGCACUUAUGUGGGGAAUCAUCCAUCGAGAAGGCCGAACGAUGGAAAAGGCGCUUGAUACAGGUGUGACAGAUCUCGGUGAAGCACUUGCGUUUGCGGCUGAGGACGGACAAGAGAAAAUUGUGGAACGGCUUUUGUCCGUCAAAUCUGCCAAUUUUUCGCCCCAAUUUGACUACAACGGCCGGCUGGUUCUUUGGACCUCUCCAUCUCGCCUAUAUUCCAUAUCAACUACAACUUCUGGUGGGGGUGUUGAGCAUUUCAAGCUCCUGCGUCGUGGGGAUCAUUUCAAAGCUCACAGUUCAUCACCUUUGUCUCGUGCGGCUAGACAAGGCCACAUUGGCAUUGUCAAGGAACUGAUAGAGUCCGGUCAUUGUGACCCAAAUAUUAAAGACUUGGAUAACAAAACAGCUCUCUUCUACGCUGCAGGAAGAGGGUUUUUGAAUAUUGUGGAGCUUUUGAUUCAGUCUGGUCGAGUUGAUUUGGACUCUGGAGACGGCAGAAGGUCCCCUCUUUCAUAUACUGCAGAACACUCGGAUGCAUCGAUUGCGAAGAUUUUUAUUGAGUCUGGCCGAGUCAAUUUGGAUUCUAGAGACAGUAAAGGAAGGUCCCCUCUCUCAUAUGCCGCACAACGCUCGGAUACGAUAAUUGCGAAGCUUUUGCUUGAGUCUGACCAGGUUGAUUUGGACUCCCAAGACAGAAGAAGACGAUCCCCUCUUUCAUAUGCCGCAGAGCACUCGGAUACAUCAAUUGUAAAGAGUUUGAUUGAGUCUGGCCAAGUCAAUUUGGAUUCCAGAGACAAUAAAGGAAGGUCCCCUCUCUCAUAUGCCGUGCAACGCUCGGAUGCGACAAUUGCGAAGCUUUUGAUUGAGUCUGGUCGAGUUGACUUGGACUCCCGAGACGAAAGAAGAAGAUCCCCUCUUUCAUAUGCCACACAGCGCUCGGAUACAACAAUUGCGAAGCUUUUGAUUGAGUCUGGUCGACACUCAGAUCCAACAAUUGUGAAGCUUCUGAUCCGAUCCAAUCGAGUCAACUUAGAUUAUAAAGAUGACAACGGACGUACUCCUCUUUCAUAUGCCGCAGAGCACUCAGAUUCGUCAGUGAUAAAGCUGUUAAUUAAGUCUGGUCGGGUUGAUUUGGACUCCCGAGACGAAAGAAGAAGGUCCCCUCUUUCAUAUGCCGCGCAGCGCUCAGAUACAAUAGUUGCAAUACUUUUGAUUGGGUCUGGCCGAGUUAAUUUAGAUUCUCGAGACUUUUGCGAAAGGUCCCCUCUUUUAUAUGCCGCGUAUCACUCAGAUCUAUCAGUUGUGAAGCUUUUGGUUGAUUCUGGUCGAGUCGACUUAGAUCCUAGGGAUGAUGACGGACGCACCCCUCUUUCAUAUGCUGCGCAACGCUCGGAUACAACAAUUGCGAAGAUUUUGAUUGAGUCUGGCCGAGUGAAAUUAGAUCUAAGGGAUAAUCGAGGACGAACCCCUCUGUCAUAUACCGCGCAACGCUCAGGUGCAACAGUUGCGAAGCUUUUGAUUGAGUCUGGCCGAGUCAAUUUGGAUUCCAGAGACAAUAAAGGAAGGUCCCCUCUCUCAUAUGCCGCGCAACGCUCGGAUGCGACAAUUGCGAAGCUUUUGAUUGAGUCUGGUCGAGUUGACUUGGACUCCCGAGACGAAAGAAGAAGGUCCCCUCUUUCAUAUGCCGCGCAGCGCUCAGAUGCAAUAGUCGCGAUACUUUUGAUUGGGUCUGGCCGAAUUAAUUUGGAUUCUCGAGACUUUUGUGAAAGGUCCCCUCUCUCAUAUGCCGCGCAACGCUCAGAUCUAUCAGCCGUGAAGCUUUUGGUUGAUUCUGGUGGUGUCAACCUUAAUUCUAGGGAUAGUCAAGGGUGUAGUCCUCUCUCAUAUGCCACAGAACGUUCAGAUACAUCAAUUGCUAAACUUUUGACUGACUCUGGUGGCAUUGACUUGGAUCCUAGAAACGAUCAAGGGCAUAGUCUUAUUUUAUAUACUGCGCUACGCUCAGACGUAUCAGUUGUCAAGCUUUUAAUUAAGUCUGGCCGAGUCGACUUGGACCCUAGGGACGAUGACAGACGCACCCCUCUUUCAUAUGCCACACAGCGCUCGGAUGCGACAAUUGCAAAGCUUUUGAUUGAGUCUGGUCGAGUUGACUUAGACUCCAGAGACAGCAGAGGAAGAUCCCCUCUCUCAUAUGCCGCACAGCACUCAGAUCCAACAAUUGCAAAGCUUCUGAUCCGAUCCAAUCGAGUCGACUUAGAUUAUAAAGAUAGCAACGGACGUACUCCUCUUUCAUAUGCUGCAGAGCACUCGGAUUCGUCAGUGAUAAAGCUGUUGAUUAAGUCUGGUCGGCACUCGGAUCCAACAAUUGCGAAGCUUUUGAUUGAGUCUGGUCGAGUCGACUUGGACUCCCGAGACAAAAAAAGAAGGUCCCCUCUUUCAUACACCGCAGAGCACUCGGCUGUAUCAAUUGUGAAGCUUUUGAUUGAGUCUAGUAGAGUGAACUUAGAUCUAAGGGAUAAUGACGGACGCACCCCUCUUUCAUAUGCUGCGCAGCACUCGGAUGUAUCAGUUGUGCAGCUGUUUAUUGAGUGUGAUCGAGUCGACUUGGAUUAUAAAGACCGCUACGGACGUACUGCUCUUUCAUAUGCCGCGCAGCAUUCAAAUACAUCAGUUGUGAAGCUGUUGAUUGAAUCUGGUCGAGUCGACUUGGACUCCAGGGACAAUCGAGAUCGGACACCAGUCUUCUAUGCUGUGGCAUCAGGGGAUAAGGAAUGCGCCCAGCUUCUAAUAGAAACUGGAGAAGCUGACAUGAACUCUCGGGACUACCAAGGCCGAACACCACUCUAG